UUAAUCACGACGAUUUUUGUAAUCACGAGGAAUAAUUAACAGUAUUGGAUGAACUUCGAAUAAAAAGUUUAUUACAGUGAACAUGUGGGCGGACACAAUUCUAAUUGUCUUUAUUAGCAUAUGCACAGCGUUAUUAGGCGAAGGAUUGACAUGGUUAAUGGUAUAUAGAACUGAAAAAUAUCAAAAAUUAAAGGCUGAGGUUGAAAAACAGAGUAAAAAGUUGGAAAAACGAAAAGAGGCCCAUGGUGAUUCGUUGGAUAAGCAACAGAAGAAGAAGAUUGAACGAGAAGAGGAGAGACUGAAAAAUAACAAUCGAGACUUGUCUCUUGUAAAAAUGAAGUCGAUGUUUGCCAUCGGCUUUGCAUUCACAGCACUUCUGAGCAUGUUUAAUAAUAUAUUUGAUGGGCGUGUCGUGGCUAGACUACCGUUCGUUCCAAUUAGCUGGAUACAGGGUUUGUCGCACAGGAAUCUUCCAGGCGACGAUUAUACGGAAUGCUCAUUUAUAUUUUUGUACAUAUUAUGUACCAUGAGUAUUAGACAGAAUAUCCAGAAAAUGCUUGGCUUUGCACCAUCUAGAACUGCGAGCAAACAGAGUGGCAGCAUCUUUGGACCUCCACCUCAGCAAUUUAAAUAAAUUUAAAUUUGACAAUUUGUGCAAUUACUAUUUAAAGAAUUAAGAGUUUUGUACAGUCUACUACUGCUCAAUUGUGGACAUUUACUAGUGUCCAAUUAAUCCAUGUAGCAUCAACAUUUUGUGUUAUCUUGUGAUCCCAUAUUCAAUUAUAUAUUUAAUACUAUAAUUUAAUUUAUAUAAAAUGGCCUUUUAUCA